AUGGCGCCUGGAUAUUUCUUCAUGGUGGCAGUGCGCCGCCUGCGGGCCGCGUACCCGGAGCUGCGAGACGCAACCAACCUCGUUCCCCCAGCCGGCCGAUAUGUUCUCUGGAAUGACAUGGACACCGUCGACGGCACAGUCUACCACACGUAUUGGUACGAGAAUACCUUGGACAUCGAUGGUCUGGGGGAGUCCUGUCGCGUCAUUCGAUUCGCCGACAUCCCUGGCACCCUCUCGGGCGAUGUCCUCGGGCUCAAACGUAAGCUGCCGCCCUUGGAGGCCGAGGGCGACUACAUCAUCGACGUCAGCGCUGCGCUGAUCUCGCUCCCCGUGAUCGCCGUCGACGUACUCGAACACUUCAAGAAGUGCAAGUAUGCCACCGAGACCCACAAUCUGCUCGCCUGCCAGGGCGGAUCCUGUCCCGGAGUGCCCAAAUCCGCCCAUGUCGUCCAGCUGCUCGGACGGUCGCCGGACGGCGAAUUGGUGUUUGAGCAAUUCGCUCGACACUUGCUCGCGGCCGUGCAUCCCCUCGCAAAGUGCAAGGCAUGGAUUCUGCAGCUCAUUGACGGGCUCGGACCCUGCACUCGCUCGACAUGGUGGAAAACAUCUAAACCCAAACUUUGA